AUGACGCUGCCCAACCAGCCUCACUACGUCCCGACAGCGUCGGGAUCGUGCGCCGCGAGCUCACCAAGCGACAACGACGAAUCCAAGCCAGCAAACGUCAGCUCGAAGCAGUACGAAGACACUACAGCGGAGAUCGUUUUGAGUUCGGGAAGCGCCAAACAUGACGUGGCAGCCGCAGCGUCCCACCUGCACGCAGACCCGGUGUGGCACGCGAUCGCAGACUUGUUUGCAACGUUUGAAUCACUCGAUGACCCGACCAAGACGGAGUACCAUCCGUCACACCGACUAUUGUCAGAAACUAUGCUAUUGUCCAAAACGGCAUUCGUAGAAGAAGCUACGACCAUGCUAGGGUAUGCCGUUGGCGGGGAUGCGGCGCGACUUGCGGCGCGGUAUGCAGACGCCAUCGAGAUGCUUUUUGCGACCGCCGAGACGAUGGUGCCGCCGCCACCGACGCUGUCAACGUCGCUGCAUCAGCCACCUGCCUGCAAGCCGAAGAAACGAACCAACCUGUCCACAGACGCCAAGCGACUUCUGCGCACGUGGUUUGACGCCAACUUUCACCAUCCGUACCCGACUGAGGAAGAGAAGGAACGAUUCCGGCGGGAGGGCGGCAUCACGAUGGAUCAAGUGAACAACUGGUUUAUCAACACACGCGUCCGGGAGUGGAAGCCGAAGCUGCACAAGAUUCUCACCGACUCGAACACCGCCAUGCUCGAUGAGAUGCUGGUGAAAGUGAAGGCCCCGUACCAAACCCAUGACUUGAUAUAA